UUAGUCGGCCACUCCUGAAGGAUCAGAAGGGCUCGAACUGUCACGUCUCCGCGCGCGCUCUUCCGACCUCUCCCUUCCUUCCUCCUCUCGCGUCUCCUCAAAAAACCCUAGUCGCAUAGAGCAGCGUAGCUCCACUCCCCCUCUCUAAUGGCGAGCGGGGGCGUCGGCGCAGCGGUGGAGGAGGAGAUCGACCACUACGAGGUACUCCGCCUCCCCUCGGGCGAGGAGGGGGCGAGGCUAACCCUAGAUCAGAUAGACAAGGCCUACAAGGGCCAAUCCCGCGUGCGCCACCCCGACAAGCGCCCCGACGACCCCAGCGCCACCGCCGAUUUCCAGCGCCUCCGCGCCUCCUACGACGUCCUCAGGGACGAGGCCGCGCGCCGCUCCUUCGACGCGCGCCUCCGCGCCCGCCGCGACCGCGCCCUCCGCGACUCGGCGCGCGACACCAAGCGCCGCAAGCUCGCCGCCGACCUCGACGAGCGGGAGCGCGCCGCCGCCGCUCGCGACGGCGCCCCCGACCCCGCCGAGCUCGCCGAGUUGCGCGAGAAGAAGGUCGCCGCCCAGCUGCAGCGCGAGCUCGAAGAAUUCCUGGCCAGGAAGGCCAAUAAAUCCACCCCCGCUUCCGCCUCGACAUCUGGACAGGAAAAGCGAGAGGGCUCGGAGGAGAAGGAGAAGAUGUUGAAGGUCUCCUGGGAGAGGAGUUUGGGUGAUUACACUGCGGCCAAGUUGAAAGAGAUCUUUGAGAGGUUCGGAGAGGUCGAAGAUAUUGUAAUUAGAUCGAAGAAAUCUAAAAGCAAGGCCUCGGCCAUCGUCGUGAUGUCUUCCAAAGAUGCCGUGGAAGCAGCUACACACAGCAUGAGCGGGAGUCUUUCAAAUCCCUUGCUUGUUCUUCCUCUUGUGACUACUGCAGGCACUUCAGAUAGUUUCUCUGCACAGACUGCUGAAACAAGUGAACCAAAAGUCAGCAACAUUGUCGGAGCUGGCUUUAAUGAGUACGAAGCUAUGAUAUUGAAGAAACUUCAAGAGGCUAGCAAGAGGAAAAAAGGCAUACAAUGAUGUUGGAAGCUUUGUUUGGAGGGUACUGUUGAUUCUUUUCUACAUCCGUCAGUGGUACUCAACAUUAAUGUCAUUAUUAUUAGAAGCAGCCAAAUCAAUUAAAAACAUAUUCUUCCCGUGAGGAAGAAUUGCAGUCAAACUGUAUGUUUCUUUGAAGCUACACGGCUCAGAAGAAAAUGUAUGCUGGCAAAAUUUCUGUUCAUCUGACAAAGAAUAUGUAGUAUAAUAAGUAUAUACAGUUCUUCUUCUUCUUCUUUCUGAAACUUUCUUUUAUAAUGAAACAUUUUCAACACUCAAAAUCUUU